CAAUAGGUUCCCACGCAACUAACCACUAGUCUUUCCUCCUAGAAUUCCUUAUGUCUCAAAAACUCUCACUCAGUCAGCCACUGAAACACAAACACCCAAAAAAAGAAAAAGGAAAGGAGAUUCGAAAAAUGGAGCUGAGUUUUCAUCUCUGCAUAAUCUCUCUGCUUUUGCUCUCAUCAAAAUCAGCAGCAAAAGAAUCAGAGAUAAUCUCAAGGUUCCAGCGCUACCUUCAGAUCAACACGGCGCAGCCUGAGCCCUUGUACCGCGAAGCAGCAGAUUUCAUCCUCUCCGAGGCCGCUUCCCUCUCCCUCGAGUCGCAGACUCUCGAGUUCGUCCCUGGCAAGCCUCUCGUCCUCCUCAAAUGGCCCGGCUCCGAUCCUUCUCUCUCCUCCGUCCUUCUCAACUCUCACACCGACGUCGUUCCAGCCGAGCACGACAAGUGGACACACCCCCCCUUCUCGGCCCACCUGGAUUCGAAAGGCGACAUUUACGCCAGGGGGUCCCAGGACAUGAAGUGCGUUGGGAUUCAGUAUCUGGAGGCUAUUAGGCGGCUCAAGGCUUCUGGGUUUGAGCCCAAAAGGUCUGUUUACUUGUCGUUUGUCCCUGAUGAGGAGAUUGGAGGUCACGCUGGUGCUGAGAAAUUUGCUGAAUCUGAUGUUUUCAAGGGCUUGAAUGUGGGCAUUGUGCUUGAUGAAGGGUUGGCCUCGCCUACUGAGAAUUACAGGACGUUCUAUGCGGAGAAGUGUCCCAUGUGGCUGGUCAUCAAGGCUACUGGGGCUCCUGGUCAUGGGGCCAAGCUCUAUGACAACACUGCCAUGGAGAAUCUUUUGAAAAGCAUUGAGAGUGUGAGGCGGUUCCGGGCUUCGCAGUUUGACUUGGUGAAGGCAGGUUUGAAGGCUGAAGGAGAGGUCAUCUCAGUCAAUAUGGUGUUUUUGAAGGCUGGCACUCCGACUCCUACUCGUGGGCAGAAGGUUUCUGUGCUUGACGACUCAGGGAGGCCAAUCCUUACGGCAACUGACAGUUCAAACCCCUGGUGGGGCCUUCUAGAAGAAGCUGUCAAGAAAGCUAACGGGAAACUUGGUAAGCCAGAGAUUUUCCCUGCUUCUACAGACGCUCGCUACUUCCGGCAACUGGGUUUGCCAGCAAUCGGAUUCUCUCCUAUGGCUAACACUCCUAUUCUCCUUCACGACCACAACGAGUUUCUAAACAAAGACGAAUACUUGAAAGGAAUCGAGAUUUACGAAUCUAUUAUCAAGGCUUAUGCAUCUUAUGUUGAUCAUGGAAGAAGCGCAGGGUCCAGAGAUGAGUUGUAAUUCUGGAACAGCGGCUUGUCUCGUUCCUUUUUUCUCAAGAUAGGUGCCUUGUGUUUUUGCAUUGUUGUAAUAUAAUGGGAGAUGAGAAAUGUCCCGAUACCGCCUGUAUAAUGUAACAAUAGGGCGGAAGCAAGCAUGAGCUUCACCAAACAACGCACAGGAUUUUAUUUUAUUUUCCAUAGAUAUAAACGUGGUUUCAGGGAGAUAUAUUGGUUAAUCCCUCAUGGUAUUCCAAUUUUUUUUUUC